AUGCAGCUUGAUAUCGAUUAUAUUGGACUUGCUUAUGCGGUUAUCGUGUUAUUGGGCGGUGUCGUUGGAUUCAUCAAAGCGGGAAGUGGAAUGUCGUUGGCUGCUGGUGUGAUAAGUGGAAUUAUAGCUGGAUUUGGUGCAUUGACGAGUAAUUUCUACGUUUUGACAGGUAAUUUAAAUUUUUUGUUUACAUUUCUUUGUUGUUUUAGGUGUUGCUGUUCUUCUUGGCGGAGUAAUGGCUUUUCGAUUCUAUAAAAGCGGAAAUUUUAUGCCUCCUGGACUGAUUGUGAUUCUCAGGUAUGUUUUGCAAAUUUUGAGAGAAAGAAUUUAUUUAAAAUCUGGUUUUAUGCUUGUUAUUGGGACAAAACUUCAGUUAGUUGGCGGGGUGAGAAAGUACAGAAAGAUUUAGGUCCUCUAUUCAAAGAUUAUGUUAUUUGACAAAAAUGUGAUUGAAAAAAUUACGAACUGAUAUUAUUUUAUUCAUAAAAUAAAAAUUUAGUUUGAUUUUACUUGGCCGAUGUAUAUUCGCAUUUGUUCAACAAGCUCGAGCUUCAAACUGA